AUUCGUCAGUCCGCGGGGCGGGCACUGGGAGGUGGCGGCGGCGUUGGCGGUGGUGACUCUGUGUCGCUGGAGCCAAAGACCGCAGGCCCGUCCCGGCUCCCGGGGGCGGGCAGGGUGGGGGCGCCAUGUGGUUCAUGUACGUGCUGAGCUGGCUGUCGCUCUUCAUCCAAGUGAGCUUCAUCACGCUGGCCGUCGCUGCUGGACUCUACUACCUGGCAGAACUGAUAGAAGAAUACACAAUGGCCACCAGCAGAAUCAUAAAAUACAUGAUCUGGUUCUCCACGGCUGUGCUGAUUGGCCUCUACGUCUUUGAGCGCUUUCCCACCAGCAUGAUUGGUGUGGGCCUGUUCACCAACCUCGUCUACUUUGGCCUCCUGCAGACCUUCCCCUUCAUCAUGCUGACCUCACCUAACUUCAUCCUGUCGUGUGGAUUAGUGGUGGUGAAUCAUUAUUUAGCAUUUCAAUUUUUUGCAGAAGAAUAUUACCCUUUCUCAGAGGUCCUGGCCUAUUUCACUUUCUGCCUGUGGAUAGUCCCGUUUGCAUUCUUUGUGUCACUCUCGGCUGGGGAGAAUGUCCUGCCCUCCACCAUGCAGCCAGGAGAUGAUGUGGUCUCCAAUUACUUCACCAAAGGCAAGCGGGGAAAACGCUUAGGGAUCCUGGUUGUCUUCUCCUUCAUCAAAGAGGCCAUUCUACCCAGUCGUCAGAAGAUAUACUGACCCCCUUGGGGAGGGAAUGUGGGGCAAGAUCAGAAGUCAGGCCCCCUGGGCCUCUGUGCUAGGUAGGGGCCAGGCCUGGAAGUCCCCUUCCACCAGCCCUGGUCUCCCUCCCCUUGGUCCUGAAGCCCUAUCCCCACCCCCCUUGGGGGCUUAGCUUGGCUCGGACCUGAUGCUGCCAGGGGCUGUAACCUCAUGGGACCAGGGAGGUGGCAAAGCCUCCUUAGCCAGGUGGCCUAGUUCCCUAGCCUCCUCUCCCUCUCCCAAGGAGGACUGGGAGUUUCAGGCUCAGCCAGAGGAGCCAGGGCAGGGUCCUUGAAGCUGGAGAACAGCCGGUGACAAGUUCCUUGGGCAGGUGAUUAUAGGGAGGGGACAUAGCUUGGCACUUCCAAGAGAAAUGGUUUUUGCUAUUUAACUGUGAUUUUUGUCCAAUUGCUGAUUCCUGUUUGAAUAAAGAUUCUAGGUGGCACUGUUUGCCUUAACAUCCCAAAA